AUGCAGUCAGGCUUGAUAGAAGAAUAGGUUACAAGGCGUGCUCAAAGUACGACAACUACAACCAGCUUUACUAACUACAAAUGAGCGUUUGAUAGUGGCUACAACCACAAUAAUGCGAGAAACUCCACUCCGCAAUCAUCAGUUUUAGAUUGGAGGUUUUGGGGUAUUUAGUUAUGGCUACUACUGAGAUGGAAUUGAGUUCUUCAGAUAAUAAAUCUGAACAAGGGCCAUCAGACCCAGAGUCAAAGUACCCACUUAAAGUGCUUUACUGUGGAGUGUGUUCACUGCCUACAGAGUACUGUGAGUAUAUGCCUGAGCCAGCAAAAUGUAGGCAGUGGCUUGAGAAAAACUUUCCAGAUGUAUUUGCCAGGAUGACAGUUGGUUCAGCAGCAAAUACCCCCAAGCAAGAACCUGGUACUGGAGAUUCACCCCCAGUAGCUGAGGAGGAGGAGAAAAAGAAACAAAAAAGAGGUGGAAGAGGACAGAUUAAACAAAAAAAGAAAACUGUACCUCAGAAAGUUACUAUAGCUAGGAUUCCUAGAGCUAAAAAGAAAUAUGUCACACGGGUUUGUGGAUUGGGGACAUUUGAUAUUGACUUAAAGGAGGCACAACGAUUCUUUGCUCAGAAAUUUUCUUGUGGUGCCUCAGUUACAGCAGAGGAUGAAAUUAUAAUUCAGGGAGAUUUUACCGAUGACAUAAUUGAUGUCAUUCAGGAGAAGUGGCCUGAGGUGGAUGACGAUAGCAUUGAUGAUCUGGGUGAAGUCAAAAAGUGAAGACCAAAUAUGCACUUUCUGUCAAAUGGAUGCGACCUGAAAAUGGCAACAACCUGGCCAAAUGUACACUUCAAGUCAUUUUUUAAAAGUUUUAUUUUUACUAUUGAUAAAACCCAAGGACAUGGACACUCAAUAGUUCAUGGUUGCUUUCUCUCAUUUGCCAAAGUUGCGGUAUGAUGUGAACCCCUUUCAAUUGUUCUUCACCUAAAACUCUAGGCUAAUAAAUUCCAGUUCCCCUUACCCUAGA